CUAGAUCACUUUAAUUUCCAAACCAAUCGAACUUUUCUACAACGUUACCUGAUAGCCAGGAAAAACUGGAAAGUUGGAGGACCGAUCUUCUUUUACACCGGAAAUGAAGGAGACAUCACUUGGUUUGCAAACAACACGGUAAGUGCUCGUGGAAUUUUUUCGAUUAUAUCUGCAAAAAUUUCUUUGAAGUUACUUUGAAAAUGUUAUUUUGGUCAUGACAGGCGUCCUGUCGAUGGCUACCUCAACGCUAUUGCUAAACGUGGGGCACAUUGGGGGAUACCCAAUACCGCAAUGCCGUACGAAAAAUUGGCAAAUAUCGAAAUACCGCGUCGAAAAUGGACGAAAUACCGAUACCGCAUUUAUGAUCGGUGACGCUUACUUAACGUUGUAUCCAUCUCGCAUGUUUUUUUAUGUCAAGCAUGUAUACACCAGAAAUCAACCUCAGCCUUCGCGAGAAAAACAUGAGAAGAUCUUGAACUGAUCUGUACAUCGAUCGAAAAGCCAGGUCAUUGGAUGUCCUACCAAUUUCAUCAUAGAGUAACUGUCAGAAAUUGUGUAUUCAUUUACCGUUAAGUCUAAACUCUUUCAAAUAUUGACCUACCAUAGACAGGAGAGGCCAAAUGAACAGUACCGCAAUACCGUGAACGAUCUUCUUUCACCGAAUACCGUUAGCCACAAGGGUGAAAAAACGCAUACCGCGGCGCUGGAUGAUACCGCAAUACCGCCCAUUAUAAUCCAAAUUACCGAAAUACCGCUGGAAAAAAAUUGCUCAAUACCGCAAUACCGUAAACCCCCAUGUCCCCCUCUUCCAAGAAGAUCAGAAUAAAAAAGCUACUCAUUGCGCCACUGUCCGACUUAUUUAGAUAAGUGUAUGCUUAUCAUUUAUUUAAUACUAACUAUAGAUGGUGUACAACUUUUCUUAAACGUCUUGCUACUUGUUUUUCACCUUCCUUCGACCUCUCCAGCUCGUGGCGGGAGAUUUGUAAAUUUUAUUUUUGAUACCACCGCCAGGAAAAAAAGCAAAGGCUCCCUAGGCGAGAAUUCUUCUCGCCCCUGUCGCCCACUUUCCAGACUAGCACGAACCUUAAUUACGCUGGACAAUUACCGAUGUUCUUGGUGGGGCACUUCUACUCCGAUACUAUCCGCUAUACUAUUUUAUUUUUAUUAUUGAUUCAUAUAUGAUUCCAAGCUAAUAGCAUCCUUUGAUACCUCUUAGUAGAAUUUCUAUGAAACAUUUGCCUGGACCUACGCCUGAUAAUUUUCUCGAAAGACAGAAGGGUAGCGUCCCCGCCGUCUUUGCAGGACGUCCAGUCGGUAUUUUCUGUUAUUUCACUGAUUGUCGUCUAUCGUAAGAUGAUCGAAAGAUUAUUCCAGAUCGUCCUAAUUUGGUCAGUCGGUGAAAGCUGGUUAUCAUUCAAUAAUUAAACGUGAGUUUUUGUCCAAAUUUGUUGAGUUAUACUUUUUCUCCUCCCUAUAAACCGUCCCUUGUUGCACAUAGAGGCCGCCAGAAAAUUUAAUCAUAACAAUUCCUUGAUUUCUUGUUCUAGGGGCUCAUGUGGGACAGCGCUAAAGAAUUUGGAGCAAUGUUAGUAUUUGCUGAACAUAGGUACUACGGAAAGUCAUUGCCCUUUGGCACAAAGUCGUACAAGGUUUGUUGA